GCCUGGCUCGGGUUUUACGUUAGAAUGUUAAUUCCGCCUGCCGCAAUAUCGAUACUCGUCAUACUUUACGGUCUUGUGACGACCCGUUUGAACGAAAUAGGAGACGUGUGCACGAGUGACAUGUUAUUGUGCCCUCGCUGUCACUACAGCAGAUGCAAGCGCGAAGCACUCAAGAGCUCCUGUUUGUUCGCACAUUUGAACUACUUGUUUGACAACGCCGUCGUCGUUGCUUUCGCCAUAGUAAUGUCGCUGUGGUCCACUGUAUUUAUGGAAAUGUGGCAACGCGAAGACUCUGUGCUCCGACUCCAGUGGAACGUGACGCCCUAUGAAUAUCUGAUCGUCCCGAGGCCUCAGUAUACAGAACAGACGGACGAAUUGAAAUUUUGCCCCAUUUCCGGAACACUCGAACCUCACAUGUCGAAACGAUCUGUAACCUAUCGAUACGCGCUCACGUCCGUGUGCAUCUUGCUAUUGUUAGCCGUGAUGGUUUUGGCAACCUUCGCUGUGAUGGUGUACCGCGUGAGCGUCAACCUGGCCAUGGUUAGGUCGGUUGACGUGGACGUUAUAACGGGCAACACGGGACUCAUAGCGUCCGCGACCGGCGCCCUCAUGUCCGCCGUUUUCAUAGUGAUAUUCAAAUGGUUUUACGAGAAAGUCGCUCUGAAACUGACCGAACUUGAGAACCAUCGCACCCAAGACGCCUUCGUCAACGCGUACAUCUACAAGAGUUACGCGUUGGCCUUCACUAACAACUACGCCCCCUUGUUCUACAUCGCGUUUUUUAAGGUGCUCACUGAACGAACCAAACCGCGAUCCGCGCUAUCUACGGUUUCAGGGCAAGUUUUUCACUCACCCCGGCGACUUGAGGAUGUGGAGUUCGAUCGGCGGUUUGGAUUCGGAUAUCUGCGACCCGACGGGCUGCGUGGUCGAUUUGGCGAUGCUCAUGUUCACGAUAAUGGCGGUAAAAGCGAUAGCGAGCAACGUGCAGCAAGUCGUGGCGCCGAUCUUGGUGAACCUGUACAACGCGUAUCGCUCGAAAAUAUGGACGAGCGACGACGUGCCGCAGUGGGAGAGGGAAUACCUGCUCGCGCCCACCGCCGAAUUUUUCAUUAUCGACGAAUACAUGGACAUGGGUUGACCUCUGUAGGUAUACGUGUAAACAAUUUUGGCGACCCUAUUUUCGCUGCAGUAAUUCAAUACGGGUUCGUCAACUUCUUCGUCGUGGGGUUUCCGGUCGCGCCCCUCUUCGCCCUGUUGAACAACGCUGUAGAGUUGAGGGUCGACGCUUCAAAAAUCGUCAAAAGUUACCGCAGACCGGUGCCCAACAAGGUUGCCGGCUUGGGCGCGUGGUUCGGUAUUCUGCAGGCCAUGACGUAUAUCGGGGUCGUUACUAAUGCGUUGGUGAUCGCGUUCACCAGCAAUAUAAUGGAAAAAAUCGUGCACAGGAUGUCCCGACAACACGGCCAAACGUUUCUCAACUACACCCUAUCAGCGUACGACUUCGACGAGUUCGUCGUGUUGUUGGGCAGACAGGGAAACCUCGGCGGUCGUCCCGCCAACCUGUGCUACUAUCGGGGCAAACGGAACCCCCCCGGGCACCCCAUGGAGUACGCGAAUCGGAAGGAAUACUGGAAAGAGUUGGCGAUCAAGAUGGUGGCCGUUUUGGUGUUCGAGCACGUUAUCGUUACGAUAAAGGGGUUCCUCGCUUACGCGAUACCGGACGUCCCUUUCGCUGUCAAACAGCGAGUAGCGCACCGGGAGAACGUAAAGAAAAAACUGAGGAUGAGAGAGCUGCACGAGGAGUACUUGAAGAGACGCAGACGCAAGUCGGAAGACUAAACAAUUGACGCGAACUAAUCGGUCGGAAUUCGGGUUAUGACAUCACAUAUUUCAAAACGUGAACGUGGACCGCAUCUUAACGUCGAACAGACAUUUUACGCAGCCUAAAUUGGAUAAAAAAGGGUAUAUUUUAUGCAACCUUACCUGGUCCACAAUGGCGGCAAUCGCCAGAACCGGCCAUCUCGCUGUAAAACAAAUAAAUACAACAUUUUUUAAAGUGCCCGGAGCUCGCAUAACCACCAUAAUUUCGACCGAGAUUCAACAUUUAAGCCGAUAAUUGCCCGAAAUUUCGUAGCGACCAUGUUCAUCAACAUGUGGCGACGAAAGGAAAACAUUUUAAAGCUAAAAUGGCGUCUCGCCCAUGAGCAAAUCGAGACCGACAUAAGGCAGGUUCACGCGGACACGACGAAAUACGCGCGCCGCAGCCCCAUCACGGAUGAGAUAGAGCCGUUCACCCCGAGAAUGUUUAUCGUUUUGAGGUUCGCGGUGACGCUCGUAACGUGCGGAUUUCUGAUCGCGAUAGUGAUCGCGGCCUUGUUCGUCAUAAUAGUGAUUAAGCUUUACGCGACUGCGUGGUGGGAACAAAGCCGGAUCGACUUUUUCGCUUCAAACAGCUGGACGAUAUCGAUGGUCCUCGGGAGCGUCCUCCAAGUCUGUUUUAUUAAACUGUUCUCAAAGGCGAGUGCCUAUCGUAACAACAAACGUGGACCUCGCUAUCGAUCCCAACCCCUAGGUGUACGGCCCUGUAUCGAUACGACUCACCAAUCUCGAAAACCCACGCACCCAAACGCAGUUCGACAAUUCCGUCUUGUACAAGCGAUAUCUGUUGGCGUUCGUCAAUAACUACGCCCCGCUUUUCUACAUCGCGUUCGUGCAGGGAAGGCUGUACUCGACACCCGAUCGCGUCCACAACGUGGUAGAGAAGGACGUUUGCCAACCAUUCAAUUGCAUCACCGUGCUCUGCAUCCAGUUGGGGCUCAUACUGACGCUCAAGUCGCUGGCCGGCAACGUGCUGAACUUGGUGUUGCCGCUGACGAAGAGACGAUUCCAAAAGUGGUUCGCGAAGCAAACGGGGCCGCGUCAAGUGCUGCCCCG